AAGGCAGCAUCUGGCAUUGUGUGUGUGUGGGCAGUUGCGAAAAUACUUGGUAUUGCUUUAGACACUCACUUUGUUGGAAGUCAUGCAUUAACAUGUUUUUCAAUAGCCUCAUAAUGAAAUAGCUAACUUCAUUAGCCAGUGACAGAUAUCAAGACAUAAGGGGCGUUAAAGGAGAUGACAAAGAACAGAAAACAAGCAGUUGUAGGUGGAGGCAAAUCCCGGAACUUGAAACGAUGGCAUCAAGAGGAGGCGGCUUCACGGGUCUUACCAUGAAUCCAGCUGUGAACCCCAUGAAUGUUGGUCAUUCUGCGGGCAUGAGGAUGCCAGGAAUGCCGCAAACUCCGGCGGGAUACUCCCGGACCAUGACCAACAUACCCCAGUACCCCCAGCGCCCAGGGAUGCCACCCAACAGAGUAGGGGGCCCCAUGGGGUCAAUGGGAGGUCAGCUCCCCGGUCCUUCUUAUGGUGUUGGGAACAUGACCAUGCGGCCAGGCAUGGGGCCUCCAUCCAUGGACGCCUCCAGGAAGCGGUUCCUUCAUCAUCAACAGCAGCAGCAGCAGCAGCAACAAGAGGCGCUGGGAGGAGGCCUAAGACGAGGGGCAAAAAGACGCAAGAUGGCUGACAAGGUUCUCCCACAGAGGAUCCGAGACCUUGUCCCAGAGUCCCAGGCCUACAUGGACCUCUUGGCUUUUGAGAGGAAACUGGAUCAAACCAUCGCCCGUAAGCGCAUGGAGAUACAGGAGGCCAUCAAGAAGCCCAUUAUGCAAAAGCGCAAGCUCAGGAUCUACAUUUCUAACACGUACACCCCAAGCAAGCCUGACGGCGAGGAGGCGGAGAAGGUGUCCUCCUGGGAACUGAGAGUGGAGGGCAAACUCCUGGAGGAACCCGGCAAGCAGAAGAGGAAGUUCUCAUCUUUUUUCAAGAGCCUGGUGAUUGAGCUUGAUAAGGAGCUCUAUGGACCUGACAACCACUUAGUAGAGUGGCAUAGAAUGCCCACCACUCAGGAGACAGAUGGUUUCCAGGUCAAAAGGCCUGGCGACGUGAAUGUCAAAUGCACCCUGCUGCUCAUGCUCGACCAUCAGCCACCUCAGUACAAACUGGAUCCACGUCUGGCUCGUCUGCUGGGUGUGCACACACAGACACGGGCCAGCAUCAUGCAAGCCCUUUGGCUGUAUAUCAAGAACAACAAGCUUCAAGAUAGUCACGAGAAGGAGUACAUCAACUGCAACCGCUAUUUCAGACAGAUCUUUGGCUGUUCUCGUAUGAGGUUCUCUGAGAUUCCCAUGAAACUGGCUGGGCUGCUUCAGCACCCUGACCCCAUCAUUAUCAAUCACAUGAUUAGCGUGGACCCCACAGAUCAGAAGAAGACCGCAUGCUAUGACAUUGAUGUGGAGGUGGACGACCCACUGAAGGGCCAGAUGAACAGUUUCUUGUCCUCCACAACCAACCAGCAGGAAAUUGCUGCACUGGAGAUGAAGAUACAUGAGACUAUUGAGUACAUUAAUCAGCUGAAGACAGAGAGAGACUUCAUGCUGAGCUUCAGCAAUAAUCCACAGGACUUCAUCCAGGACUGGCUGAAGUCCCAGAGCAGGGAUCUGAAGUUGAUGACAGAUGUGACAGGGAACCCAGAGGAGGAGAGGAGGACUGAGUUCUACCAGGCGCCCUGGGUGCCAGAGGCAGUGGGCAGAUAUGUUUACUCCAAAGUGCAGCAGAGAAGACAAGAGUUGGAGCAGGUGUUGGGCAUCCGACUCACCUAAAAACAUUUUCCCAGAGGUUUACUCUUCACAUGUUAAUGUCUGCUCAAUCAAAAUUGGAAAUAGCUUGAAGCAAUCAAGCUAAUGUUGCAGCUCAAAUGUUUACAAAACCAUCCUCAUGGAUAUGGUAUGAGAUACCAGCUUCUAAGUGAGAUACAUAUCUUUGUUGUCCCAUAGAUAAUAAUUCUAAAGUCAACAGAGUACAUGGGACCAAAGUGAUGAUUUACAUGGUCUUAAUAAUAUGUUUGCCUUGCAUUGUCUUUUAUUUUGAGCCUGUUCAAAUAAUCGCUGCCUUGUUUUGCAAUAUAUUUUGUUUAUGGUACAAUAUGCUUAAAAGGUUUUAAGCAUUGGUGCUGUCUAGGUGUCUUUCACCAUCAUUUUGUAUGCUAAUUUGAAAGGGUGUCUGUUUACCUCCACAUUUGAAAGCCAUACCUUUAAGAUAGGAAGAAUACCUGAUGUCUGGUAAUGUCAAUAAGCAAGAAUUGGGAGGCAUGAUAGAAUUAAGUAGUCCAAAAUAUAUAUCCAUACUGAAAACAUUUUUACACCAUACAUUUAGAAAAUUUGGAUUAUAUCCUCAGAAAAGCAAAGUAAUUCUUAAAUUGUUUUACGACGUGGAACUGAUAAGGAGUUUUUAUGCCAACAAUAGUUUUACAAGUUAAGGUGCUGUUGUUUUUCUUAUUGUAGAUAUAUCAGUUGAAUUGAAACAUGUCUUUACUGUGUUAAACCAGGAUUUCCUGGAAAGCUCUCCUUUGGGAAAGGAUUGAGCUCUUUAUUUUGUACAAGGACAUGAGUCCAAUCUGUCCAGCUGUAAUUCACCAGCUUUUUUUGUACUUCUUGAAUGUUUACAUGUUUUUUUCAUUUGUUAUUUGAUGUGUUGUAUUGUUUUUAAUGCCAAGAAAGGGGUCUGUGGCGGGAUCUUUGGGUUGAAGAGUUCUUCCUGGAAGAACACAGUAGAUCCACACCUCCCAAGAAGAUUAACUGGUAUUAAUAAAAUAGGAAUGCAAACGUAGUGUGUCAACUAAACAUUGUACCAAAUUGUUGUAUACAGUUUAUCAGUUCAUUAGUUAACUUUUUGCUGAAAUGCUAUUUUGUUAUGAGAUUUCCAGAAUUUCUCUAGACAUUCCAUGUUAACAGAUAUCGCUGUGCCAAAUCUGUUAUGUGAAGAAGGCACUUAGAAUUUGAGAAAUGUUGCUGUCUUUUUUUGUACAGCCACUUUGUAAAAUAUUUGCAUGUUGUGUAUCAUCAAUCAAAGGCCUUUAUCUUUUAUACAUUUGGAGUAUUUUUCACAAUAAACAUACUUACAAAUGUU